AUGAUUUUUUAUCGUGAACCAAAAGGUUUUUGUUGUUCAGAUGGGAAAGUUGUUUUACCGUUUGUUCCACCCCCUGUUGAGCUUUUGGAGAUGUAUGAAGAUCAACUUGAAGUUGGGGAACACUUUCGGAGAAAAUUAGCUGAUAAUAGAGAAGGUGUUUAUACAUUUCGUGUUCAAGGUGAUAUCUACCAUAAAAUAGGAAGUCUUCUACCCCCUGUGGUUGAAAAUGAAACAGACCCUCCAAUAACAGUUCGUCCAAGAUAUAUACAAAUGUAUAUUUAUGAUAUAGAUAACGAUAUUGAUUGGAGGAUGGAAGAAGAUGGUGCCGAUCUAAACAGGGAGGUGAUGGAGAAGUUGAGGAUAAUUUUGGAUACACAUAAUAGGUUCGUGCAUGUAAUCAGGCCGCUUGCACAACGAGAAGACAUCCAAAGAUGUAGAUUGGUCAUUAAAGAACAACCUGCGACCGAGAAGCAGUACACGCUUCCAACUUCUUCACAAGUCGCCACAAUUGUAGUUGAAGGAGAUGGAUCUGCUAAACCUGGAGAGCGAGACAUUGUAGUACGAACAAUAGAAGGAAAGUUGUUAUUUAUCCAAGAAACAUCGGGUUGUUAUGAUCCUCUUCAAUAUCCACUUUUGUUUCCAUACAGGAGUUAUGGAUGGAACCAGAAUAGUAUGGACGAGAACGGUAGACAGUUUACAUGCCUUGAGUACUACUCCUACAUGCUACAGAUUCGAAGUAAUGACGCGUCGCUUCUUCUUCGAGGUGGAAGACUACUACAACAAUAUGCAGUGGAUAAUUGGGUGAGGAUUGAUUUGUCUAGACUUAGAUGGUUAUCUAAUCAUCAAGAAGAGAUAAGAGCUGAAUUUCAUCAAGGUAUACAAGAUGCACGAACGGCCGGCGAAACCAGUGCAAAGAAUUUUGGUCAAAGGAAAGUGCUUCCUUCCUCAUACAUGGGCAGCCCCCGUUACACGUACCAGCGGUAUCAGGAUGCAAUGGCAUUGGUGCAAAAAUACGGUAAUCCCGAUUUGUUCAUUACAAUGACUUGUAACCCACUCUGGGAUGAAAUCGUGUCCAACCUAGGACCGGGUCAAUCUGCAUCGGAUAGACCCGAUCUGACUACAAGGGUGUUCCGUGCAAAGCUUGAAGAGUUAAAGGAAGAUCUUUUUACCAAGUCAAUAUUUGGCAGAGUAGCUGCCCAUGUGCAUGUUUUUGAGUUUCAAAAAAGGGGUCUUCCUCAUGUUUAUAUGUUAAUUAUAUUUAGGGACGAAGACAAAUUACAAGGUCCCGAUGAUUAUGACAAGAUAGUGAGAGCAAAAAUACCUAACCCUGAGGAAGAGCCAGAACUACACGAGUGUGUGAAAAAGUGGAUGAUUCACAGUCCAUGUGGUAGUAAGUGCACGAGAGAUGAAAUUUGUAGCAGUGUAGAGAGUGUUAAAUAUCUUUACAAGUAUGUGUACAAGGGUCCGGAUUAUGUAUCUUUUGGAGUGCAGCCAGUAGACCAUGACGAGAUAACAAGGUACAUUAAUGCAAUAUGGGUUUGUUCCCAAGAGGCACUGUUGAAGAUCUUUAGAUUUCCUCUUUACAAGGUUUAUCCUUCGGUAGUGAGAUUACAGAUACACCUUCCCAACCAACAGAGUGUCAGGUACUAUGAUUACCAAAUGUUAGAUGAAAUUUUGUCUGACGAAAGGAAUUUGAGAACAACUUUGACAGAAUUCUUUGUGACAAAUGCUCGCGAUCCUAGAGCGAGGGAGCUGUUAUACCGUGAAUUUAUUAAAUGUUACUGUUGGGAUACAAAAACAAAAGAGUGGAGAAGGAGACGAAGUACACAGAAGGCGAUAAGAAGGGUUUAUACAGUACCUUCAUGUGCAGGAGAGAGAGCUGCCGAAAAACUGGGACUCUUAGAGAAUGAUCGGAGUGCGAGAGCGUCUUUAGCUGAAGCAGCAACAGUCAAGAUGCCGUCUGCUCUGAGAAGACAAUUUUUCUCUAUCUUGCACUUUUGUAAUCCGACGGGCGUGAGAGAGUUAUGGGAUGAAUUUUUCAAUAACAUGGUUGAUGAUUACUCGAGUUCAAGCAAUACAAGCUCGACACUCUUAUCAGAUCGUCUUCUUCGUGAGUUGAAUUUGAUACUUAAGCAGCACGAUAAAGAUAUAUCCAUGUAUGAUCUACCGCCGAUUGUUGGAACAUUGGGUAAGGAAGUUGAGAUUUUGAGUCUGAUUCAAGAGGAGUUGUCGAUUCCUAUAUCCGACGAAGAUCUUUCUUCUGUCCAAAAGUUGAAUGAAGACCAGUCUAGGGCCUACAAUACAAUCAUGGGAGCAAUUGAGAGAAAGGAAACAACAGCCACGUCGGGAAUAGCUGCUACUACGCUACCUGGUGGGAGGACAUCACACUCAAGAUUUCAUCUUCCGAUGACACCGACAUCAACUUCAACGUGUCGUACGAAGAAACAAACUGAGGAAGCUGAACUUUUGAGGCAUUCUACCGUCCUUAUGUGGGAUGAAGCUAUGAUGGCGCAUCGCUAUUCUUUAGAGGCAUUUGAUCGGAUGAUGAGAGAUAUCAUAGGGAUUGCUGAACCAUUUGGUGGAAAGAUUUUAAUCAUGGGAGGUGAUUUCCGCCAGGUACUACCAGUGAUUCCAAGGAGUACAAGGGGACAGACAGUCGAUGCAUGUCUUAGCAGGUCACAUUUUGUGGGAAAUGUACAUGUUCUGCGUCUGAAGAAGAAUAUGGGCGCGGUCGAGGAUGCAUCUUAUUCUGAGUUUUUGAUUUGUGUUGGUGACGGCGAUAACCUUGCGUUGCUAAUGAGAUGA